AUGGCGCUGCGGAGAGGCGGCGGCGGGGCGCUGGGGCUGCUGCUUCUGCUGGGCGCCGCGUGCCUGGUCCCGCGGAGCGCGCAGGUGAGGCGGCUGGCGCGCUGCCCCGCCACUUGCAGCUGUACCAAGGAGUCCAUCAUCUGCGUGGGCUCCUCCUGGGUGCCCAGGAUCGUGCCGGGCGACAUCAGCUCCCUGAGCCUCGUAAAUGGAACGUUUUCAGAAAUCAAGGACCGAAUGUUUUCCCAUCUGCCUUCCCUGCAGCUGCUAUUGCUGAAUUCUAACUCAUUCACGGUGAUCCGGGAUGAUGCGUUUGCUGGACUUUUUCACCUUGAAUACCUGUUCAUCGAAGGGAACAAAAUAGAAACCAUUUCAAGAAAUGCCUUCCGUGGUCUCCGUGACCUGACUCACCUGUCUUUGGCCAAUAACCACAUUAAAGCACUACCAAGGGACGUCUUCAGUGAUUUAGACUCUCUGAUUGAGCUAGACUUAAGGGGUAAUAAAUUUGAAUGUGACUGCAAAGCCAAGUGGUUGUAUCUGUGGUUGAAGAUGACAAAUUCCACUGUUUCUGAUGUACUGUGCAUCAGCCCACCGGAAUAUCAGGAGAAGAAGCUUAAUGAUGUGACCAGCUUUGACUACGAAUGUACUACUACAGAUUUCGUGGUUCACCAGACCUUGCCCUACCAGUCAGUGUCUGUGGACACAUUCAACUCCAAGAAUGACGUGUACGUGGCCAUUGCACAGCCCAGCAUGGAGAACUGCAUGGUCCUGGAGUGGGACCACAUCGAAAUGAAUUUCCGGAGCUAUGACAACAUCACAGGCCAGUCCAUCGUGGGCUGCAAAGCCAUCCUCAUUGACGACCAGGUCUUUGUGGUGGUGGCUCAGCUCUUUGGAGGCUCUCACAUUUACAAAUAUGAUGAGAGCUGGACCAAGUUUGUCAAAUUCCAAGACAUCGAAGUGUCUCGCAUCUCCAAGCCCAAUGACAUCGAGCUAUUUCAGAUCGACGACGAGAUGUUCUUCAUCAUCGCAGACAGCUCUAAGGCUGGGCUGUCAACGGUCUAUAAAUGGAACAGCAAAGGCUUCUACUCGUACCAGUCCCUGCAUGAGUGGUUCCGCGACACAGACGCAGAGUUCGUCGACAUCGAUGGGAAAUCACAUCUCAUCUUGUCCAGCCGCUCCCAGGUGCCCAUCAUCCUCCAGUGGAAUAAGAGCUCCAAGAAGUUCGUCCCCCAUGGCGACAUCCCCAACAUGGAGGACGUGCUGGCUGUGAAGAGCUUCAGGAUGCAGAACACCCUGUACCUUUCGCUCACCCGCUUCAUCGGGGACUCUCGGGUCAUGAGGUGGAACAGUAAGCAGUUCGUGGAGGUGCAGGCGCUGCCAUCCCGGGGCGCCAUGACCUUGCAGCCCUUUUCUUUUAAAGAUAAUCACUACCUGGCCCUGGGGAGUGAUUACACGUUCUCGCAGAUAUACCAGUGGGAUAAAGAGAAGCAGCUGUUCAAGAAGUUCAAGGAGAUCUACGUGCAGGCACCGCGUUCGUUCACAGCUGUCUCCACCGACAGGAGAGAUUUCUUUUUUGCAUCCAGUUUCAAAGGGAAAACAAAGAUUUUUGAACACAUCAUUGUUGACUUAAGUUUGUAAAGGUGUCAUGGGUGAAUUUUAAAAGAUCAUGUAGCGUUAGCUCUCAUGAGAGAGGACCAAGAAGAAAUAAAAUAAUAAAAUAACAUAAGCCAGGCUCAGAGCUCUGAAGUUCAACUGUAAAAUGGACUGGGGAAAUAGUUAGAAGUUUUCAAACUUUUAGGAUUCACAUUUUAAUCAGGGAUUGCAUUUAUUGGCUAACUGCAUGACAUGCCCAUUCUGUCAUUUCAAAAGGCACCUGGUGCCUUUGAUUUCCAAGAGAAGAGUGCAGCAUUUACUCUUACCAUCUAGAAAGUAAUGUGCUUUUUCUUUUUAACGAGGAAGGAGAAAAAUGGAUAAGAUGGGGUAGCUCUUCUAAUGAGAUAAUAAUGAUAAUAAUAAAUAAAUAAACCAAACCAAA